AUGAUUCCCAAGUACCUUCUUAUGGCCCUCGUGGCCGGCGUUGCAGCCAUGCCAGCGCCAAAAGGCACUGCCGAGAACUCGGGAGCCCUUCAGGCCCGCGCCGUCCCUGUUCCUCCCGACAGUGCCCUACCGCCACGUGCUAGGGCUCUUCAAACCCGCAGUGCCCCAAAGUCCGACACGACUUUUUGGGAUGGGGACGACGACGACGAGCGUCAAAACCACCGUGGCCGCCCUUCGCGUGGCAAGGCUCUUCAUGCCCUUCACGCCCGCUACGACGGUGACGAUAGGCCCCGAGGGGACGGCCCAUAUGAUCCUAGUCAAUCUCACGACGACGACGAGCGCUCGCCCCGCCGUGGUUCGUUCCGUGGUUCGCGUGCCAAGGCUCUUCACGCCCGCGCCGUUGGCCCCUCGCACGACAUCCCAAAGCCCGACCCGACCUUGCCUGUCACCUCUCAAGGCAGCGGGCGCUUCGGAAAGUCUUUGAGUGAUAAGUCUUUGGGUGUCAAGCCUUUGGAUGACAGUCCCUUGGGUGACAAGCCUUUGGGUGACAAGCCUUUGGGUGACAAGUCUUUCGAUCGCCAGUCUUCCGGGGUCAAACUGGGCGGCCCUGGUCGUCCUUUUCACAAGCGCGCCGACAGUCACAACGACAGCGGUAGCAAAAGCCGCGCUCCGUCCGGCGACAAGAAGGCUGACAGCGGUAACAAAGUUGGCGCUCCGUCCGGCAACAAGAACGCUGACAGCGGUAAUAAAGGCAAGGGUCCGUCCAGACAUGAGCCGCAUGGAUAUGAUUCGAUUUCUGACAAGAUCGAGUACGGCCCACCCACGUUUUACUUUAAGAUGCCCGAAGGCUGGCAUGGGCAAAGCCCCCGGCACAGCCCUUCGCAGAGCCCUAGGCGCGAUGAUGAUCACUCCCCCAACUAG